GCGCUUUGACCACUGCAACUUUUGCAGACUCCUCACUCCACAGACAUGUCGCACAAUAGCUGAAGUAUCGCUGUAAUUCGGGCUCGUCCUCGGAGCCUCCUCGCACGGACCACAGGUGGGAUCGAAGCCGCGGAGCCGCUCCGGUGUGGCGGCGCGCUGGGUCGCUGCGUUCGGAAAAACGCCUGGAUGUGAAUUAUGACCGUUUUUUGUCACUAAACGCACCGUGCCAGUAAUGCAGGAGACCGCGGCGACUCUCACAUCAGUGUUUCAAGAUGGCAGAUUUUUAUUGAGUUUUGAGCAGAAACCUCGCUUGAUUUUUUGCCAUGAAUAACAGGAACCCUUGCACCGAUGGCCCCUGUAUACGAAGGUAUGGCCUCGCAAGUGCAAGUGUUUUCCCCUCACACUCUCCAAUCAAGUGCCUUCUUUAGCGUGAAGAAACUGAAGGUGGAGCAGAGUUGUAACUGGGAUAUGACAGGGUACGGCACGCACAGCAAAGUCUACAGCCACAACAGCAGCAAGAACGUGUCGGCCGCCACCGGCCCCUUAGGCAUCAACGGCUCCUUACAGGUCGCUGGCUCCACCUUGCCGUACGAGCAGGCGCUCAUCUUCCCAGCCAACGCCAGCCACAUUGUGGUCGCCUCAGCUAGUAGCACUUCGGGGGCCGUGGGGUCUCUGCUAGGUAGCGGGGGUGGAGGCAGCAACAGCAACAGCAGCGGUGGUGGUGUGGGUGGCGGGGUUGGUGUUCACAACCUGACACGCCGCAGUACGGUCAGUCUCUUAGACACCUACCAGCGAUGUGGGCUUAAGCGCAAGAGUGAGGAGCUUGACAAUAACAGCAGUGUGCAGAUCAUUGAGGACCACGGCCCGCCGAUGAUCCAGAACGGUCCAGCCAGCGGAGCCACGGUGGCUACUGUGGCCACUGCCACCUCCACAGCAACGUCAAAGAACAGUGGCUCCAACAAUGAGGGGGACUACCAACUGGUACAGCAUGAGGUGCUCUGCUCCAUGACUAACACCUAUGAAGUGCUAGAAUUCUUGGGUCGAGGAACCUUUGGACAGGUGGUUAAAUGCUGGAAGAGGGGCACCAACGAGAUUGUGGCCAUCAAGAUCUUGAAGAACCACCCAUCUUAUGCACGGCAGGGUCAGAUCGAGGUCAGCAUUCUUGCGCGUCUCAGCACAGAGAGCGCGGAUGACUACAACUUUGUGAGGGCCUACGAGUGCUUCCAGCACAAGAACCACACGUGCCUGGUAUUUGAGAUGCUGGAGCAGAACCUGUACGACUUCCUCAAGCAGAACAAGUUCAGCCCUCUGCCACUCAAAUACAUCAGACCCGUGCUGCAGCAAGUGGCUACAGCGCUGAUGAAACUGAAGAGCCUGGGGCUGAUCCACGCCGACCUGAAGCCAGAGAACAUCAUGCUUGUGGACCCGUCUCGACAGCCCUACAGGGUCAAAGUCAUCGACUUUGGCUCAGCCAGCCACGUGUCCAAAGCAGUCUGCUCCACUUACCUACAGUCCAGAUACUACAGGGCUCCAGAGAUCAUCCUCGGCCUGCCGUUCUGUGAGGCCAUUGACAUGUGGUCUCUGGGCUGUGUGAUUGCGGAGCUCUUCCUGGGAUGGCCGCUCUACCCCGGAGCCUCCGAGUACGAUCAGAUCCGGUACAUCUCGCAGACACAGGGUCUGCCGGCAGAGUAUCUGUUGAGUGCAGGAACAAAGACCACCAGGUUCUUCAACAGAGACCCCGACUCCACCUACCCACUGUGGAGACUCAAGACUCCGGAUGACCAUGAGGGUGAGACAGGCAUCAAGUCCAAGGAGGCUCGCAAGUACAUCUUCAACUGCUUGGACGAUAUGGCACAGGUGAACAUGACGUCAGACCUGGAGGGGAGCGACAUGCUCGCCGAAAAGGCAGACAGGAGGGAAUUCAUCGACCUGCUCACCAAGAUGUUAACCAUCGACGCAGACAAGAGGAUCACCCCAAUUGAAACACUCAACCACCCCUUUGUGACAAUGUCGCAUCUCCUCGACUUCCCACACAGCACACAUGUGAAGUCGUGCUUCCAAAACAUGGAAAUCUGUAAGCGUCGUGUGAACAUGUAUGACACGGUCAACCAGAGCAAGACGCCCUUUAUCACCCACGUGGCCCCCAGCACCUCCACCAACCUCACCAUGACCUUCAACAACCAGCUGAACACUGUGCACAGCCAGGCCACCAACCUGGCUCCCUCCUCCACCAACAAUGCCACCCUUUCCUUUGCAAGUCCUGAUGUCUCCAUACUAAACUACCAAUCUGCACUCUACCAGCCCUCCGCUGCGUCCAUGGCCGCUGUGGCCCAGAGGAGCAUGCCCCUGCAGCCGGGUGCUCCUCAGCUCUGCGCUGCCCGGCCCGACCCCUUCCAGCAGGCGCUCAUUGUCUGCCCUCCUGGCUUCCAAGGGCUGCAGGCAUCCCCUUCCAAGCACACCAGUUACUCUGUGCGAAUGGAGAAUGCUGUUCCCAUAGUGACGCAGGCCCCUGGCGCCCAACCUCUACAGAUCCAGCCUGGCCUCCUUACACAGCAGACUUGGCCUAGUGGGACCCAGCAGAUCCUGCUGCCUCCAGCCUGGCAGCAGCUCACCCACACCUCGGUGCAGCAUGCCACUGUCAUCCCUGAGCCCAUGAGCAGCACACAGCCUCUCGCCAACUGGAGGAACUCCCACCCUCAUGGCAGCCAUUACAAUCCCAUCAUGCAGCAGCCAGCCUUGUUGGCCGGCCACGUCACGCUACCAUCCAACCAGACACUCAACAUUGGAGUGGCACAUGUUAUGAGGCAGCCGUCAACCAAUAGCAACUCCUCUUCCAAAAAGAACAAACAGCACCAGAUGUCUGCCAGGAACAUGUCAUCCUACGAGGUGUCGUCGUCUCAGGCUGUAUUGUCGCCGCAGCGCUCUAAGCGGGUGAAGGAGAACACGCCGCCGCGUUGUGCCGUGCUGCAAAGCAGCUCCAUUACCAACUGUCCGCCUCCGCAGGGUUGCGGCGGAGGGUGGGGGGUGGGUGAAGGGGAGCAGGCUUCCAGCACCACCCGUGACCAUCAGCACCAGCACCACGUCCCCAGACAGACCAUCAUCAUCCCCGACACGCCGAGUCCUGCCAUCAGUAUCAUCACCAUCAGCAGUGACACAGACGAGGAAGACGACCACAAACAGAGCAAAAGCAUCUCCUCCAAGCAGAGAAAAAACGUCAUUAGUUGUGUGACAGUCCACGACUCACCCGACUCUGACUGUUCCAGCAACAACAGUCCGUACACAGUGGAGUCCAGAACGACAAACAACAACACCUACGACACAAAAACCACCAUAUUGGACAACUACAACAACGGGAAUCCGCGAACCAUCAUCAUCCCCCCUCUAAAAAUCCAGACCAGUGAGGUCCAGAAUGAGUGUGAGCGCUUGAUGCCAGAUGCAAUGAACCAUCAGAAUUCAGCUUAUAAAUUUAAGUCCUCCAAUGGUGUGAUGUCUGGCAGUAAUCAUUGUCCAGGGGGUGUGACUGGGGGCGGGUCCUAUAGACAGCAGCGCUCAGGGCCACACCCCCUCCAGCAGCAACCUCUAAAUCUCAGCCAGGCCCAGCAGCACAUGGUAGCCGAGAGAAAUGGAGGUCAUCGGCGCCAGCAGGCCUACAUCACCCCCACCAUCGCUGCUCAGGCCCCAUAUUCCUUCCAUCACAACAGCCCGUCUCAUACGGGUAACGUCCACCCACACCUGGCUGCCACACACUUGCCCAGCCAACCCCACCUCUACACUUACACAGGUCCUGCUGCUUUAGGCUCCACCGGCACCGUGGCCCACCUCGUGGCGUCACAGGGCUCAGCGCGCCACGCGGUACAGCACGGCAGCUACCCGCCAGGUAUUGUCCACCAGGUUCCUGUCAGCAUGGGGCAUCGUGUGCUGCCAUCACCCACACUCCACCACAGCCAAUACCAGGCUCAGUUUGCCCAUCAGGCCUACAUCAGCGCCUCGCCUGCCUCCACUGUCUACACUGGAUACCCGCUGAGCCCCACCAAGGUCAACCAGUACCCUUACCUCUAGAGACGACACUGACUGACACUGGAGAGCCCGACCCAGCGCUGCUGCUGCCUCUUCCCUCAGCCCAGGCACCCUGAGCCCCGUCGACAUCCCAGACGUCCCCUCCUCAACCUCAGACAUAAACAGAGACAGAGGAACAUGCAAUCCUCAUCAAACUGUCACGUAUAACUUGAAGAUAUAAUGAGAAAGAGAGAGAGAGAGAGAGAGAGAAAGAGAAGGAAGAAAGAUUCACAGCCUGUCUGGAAGGGAAAGAUGGGGAGCAAUUUUAGAGGGGUACAGUUCAAACAUAAUGUUUUCUUUUGAUUAUGUUUUAUUUACUGAAAGGGCCAGUUUUUGCUUUUAUUUGUCAGUUCUUUGCUUUACUUUAUUGGGGAAAGUAACAUGUCAUUCAUUUCACUAAGGUUUGAAACAAGCCUUUUGGGACAGUGGAGGUUUUCUGUUUGGUUUUCUUUUGUACUCCCCCUCUUAAAUUUGGGAAGUGACUGUUGGACAGGGCUUACUGACUGCUGGAUGUCUGGAAUCCCAAAAGAAUUGGGAGAAGGUGAAAUACGGAAACCUGCUGCUCUUCAAAGAAAAAAAUGCUGAUGGCCUUGAACUGUCUUAAUAUUUCCAAAUCGUUCAUGGUGUGGGGAGAAAAGAGAGGUGACUUCCCCCACGCCACCUUCUCCAGCAGAGGAGGCUUCUGGAAAUAUAACCAACAGAAGACAACAAACUUUUUAGUGUAUUUAUAGAUAUUUUUCCUUUGUUUCACCUUUAUGAUACUUCAGUUUUAGCUAGGUGUCUUAGCUGGGCCUCGUUCUUAGAAUGUAGCAGUCUGCACCUCUUUAUUUUAAGGACAAAACCUUUUUUCUCCCCUGAUACCAAUAGAUUUAUUUGUUCCUCUGUUUUCAAUGUGAUUGCACAAAGUGGUUAUAAUAACAUAGGCAUGUACAACGUGAUUGUCUGUGUGUGCUACUGUCAGCCAUGUGUGUGUAGUCCACCUCCUCAAAGCCCUCUUCAGUAUUCUAGGUUCUGACCAUUGUUCCCUCGUAGUGCCUUACAGAUAUAUCAACACAGUUUACUUGGCUUGGAUCUUGAAAGCCACAAGAGACUAUAGCUAUACUUAGAGAGAUGUUUCCCUGGUUUGACAUCCUAGUUGGGGCAGUUGUAGCCCUCUUCCAGGUGUAGGCUUAUUGGCCCUUGCUGUUUCUUGUUCUCAGUGAAAGCACAUUAGAUAGUGAAGCUUAAUGGCAGAGUCGAAAUCAAGCUGAGCUGUUUCAUUGUGCACAUGAUAUAACAUGCCUGUGGUACUCACCAAAGUAAUUACCGUGUUGUUCCAAAUAUAAGACAGUAUUAUUAUAAAAUAAUGGGCUUGUCUUGUAUACAGGGCCACAUACAGCCACAUGAGUGCUCAAUACCUUUAAAUUGACUGUGCCCAUCACACAGUGAUUGUCCUGAAAAGAGUGUGGCUUUUAAGUUAACUCGCAACCGUGGCGAAAUUAUGAUGCAGACUUUAAGCUUGCGGUGAUAAAUGGAUCAGAGUCAUCAAUCAACUCUUAAGCAGCCAAGAAAUGCGAUGUGAUGUGAUGAGAAUGUAAUGUUAGAGGAUGACAAAAGAAAAUGGUCAGAAAAGCUUACCUUGGUCCUAAAAGCAAUGGUAUGUCAGUACAUAGUUGAAAAAAGAAACGAUUGGCUUCCCACAGAAUGUGCUCUUAUAAGGAUUAUUUUCAAAUAAAGCCAUUUUCUUUGUUAAAAAAGAAGAUUUGGUUUUCAGAAAGUGUUUUUUCUCCCCAUAUUAUGUCUUGAAAAAGGGGAGGAGGUGUUAUAAUCAGGGUUGUCAUAUAUUCUGAACAAUGCGGUAGAUUAAUUCUUGUUUCAUUUGCUCCGGAUAUGUAAAUGUGAAUAUAAACAUUAUUGUUCUUGCUGUAAACAUCUGCCAAAGUGGCAACCAAAAUUGUAGCUUAACUUUGAAGUAUCCUAAUUUAAGGUAGUUUGUUGGUCUUCUGUCUGUUUGCUGUUGCCUCCACUGCUGCCUGUUAGAUCGUUUUAAUGACAUAUGUCAAUAUUUUUUACACGUGGAAUCUCUUCAAAGAGAUUCAUAUUAUCUGAUAAUGUUUUGUGCAGUUCUGGCUUUCGAUGAAGACUGUCACUCACCCAAGUAGAAGACAUCUAGAAUUUCUUUCCAAAGAAACUGGAACUCUUACUUAGUCUUCAGGAUGUUUGACUACUUCCCUCAACUACGAUGGACUAAGAUACCUUUCUUUGCGAAAAUAAGCCUCUUUCACACAUGUACUGUAUUCUUAAAUUUUCCUCGACCUGACCCAGACUCACUGUAUCAGAGAACACAGUUGAACAAAUUGGUUGGCCCAGACAUUUAACAGCUCUUUGGUACAAAAUCAAUAUAAUACCAAAUUGAGUCCAUGUAUGAAGAGAACAGGUUGUUGUUCAGAUUAUUACAACACCACAAUUGUGUUAAGUUAUAAUACGAGAAUGUUAUGGUGUCUAUGCUUAUGCUACAUUUGUUUUUUUGCAUGCAUUGCAUGGUAUAAGCGUGGCUCAUUAUGUCAGUAGUACAUCACACACAAGAUCAUGGUCAACUGCCGGGUUGAACCUGUGAGCUUCUGAGAUGCAUAUCCAUGAAAGUAAGAACGAGACUUCACUUUUCAAUUUCUUAAAUGUUUGUGUGUAAUUUAAUGGGCAAUCUUUCAUACAAUUUUCACUUGUAUCUUGUUGCUAAAGUUCAAAAUUAACUGGCAGAACUGUUAACAAAUGGGCCGCCGAGAAUUUAACGUUAAUGUUUGCGUUUCCAUUCUGCAGGUAAAUAAAUCCAUCUUCAGACUAAAUUUGAAUCCACUUGGACCCAGCAGCAGAGAACACAGCAAACAGACAGAGUGUUAAAUUAAUUCUAGUUCAACAUGGAUAUACCGUAAUUUAAUUGUACUUUUGUUGUUUGUUGCUGUUAUUUAAAAUUUUACUGUAGAGCAGGUAGCUCCGUGGGAUAAAGAGUUGGGUUACCAAUAUGUAUACCUGAGGUUGAUUCCCAGUCAGCCUACAUGUUGUGUCCUUAGAAAAGACACUUCAGAUGCAUUGUGCCAAUCCACGCAGCUGUAAAUGAGUACCAGUUUUGACUGGGGAAGUAACCUGUGAUGGGCUGGAGUCCCAUAUAAGAGAAGUUCUGGACUCUCAUCUCCUUCAUGCUACAGACUCCCAGGUUAAGCACCGGCACCAAUGGCCCUUAGGACCUGUAUAAAACUUACUUAGUAUUAUUUCAAUAAACAUUAAGAGGGAAAUACAGAUUACAAAAUGCUCAUAUGUAAAAUGGGUUGACCCGGCUGCAUUACUAGUCACAUGAGGACUUCAUGCACUGUGACAUUAGCUAGCACACGUGUUGUGUUACACUCUAUUAUUUGAGACACAGUGAGCUGAGGUUGUCUUGAGGUUAAAAGCUAGUCUGAGUUAAGGGCCUGACAGAAAGUGAUUGUUACCAUGAUGGUGAUUCUGCAAGGUUAGCGAUAGCCUGUAUGCAGCACAGAGACAGAGGUUUGAGGGUUGUUUGCGAGAGAUGAUGCUGUGUAGGCAAGAGCGAGGGAGGGUGUUUGAAAGCAUAGACUCUGUUUAGGUAGGGACUGUGGAGAGCACGUGGAGAUUCUCUAUCUUAAAUGAGACUAAAACGGUCAUAGGAAGGUGGCACUGAGCAGGUUGGUAGUAACGUUGAGCCAGAGGUUUCGGUAGGAGCAGCAGCAUGCUCCACGAACACGCACACCAACAAUUCCGACAUCAUUCCUGUUGUUAGAAAGUAUUUGUUGGCCUUGAGGUUUGGCUAGCACCUCAGACCUGUAGGUGAACCGGAACAGACAGGGGAAUACCACAGCAUACACCUGGAAGGGCAUCUUGUGGAAACGGCCUCGAUUUGUUGUCACUGUCCAUUUGUCUUCGAACCAGGUACACCACAGACAUCGUCAUGCCAGCAAAACAGGAUACCUGAACCCUUAGAGAACUGAUAGGGCUGUCCUUUUGUGUGAUUGCUGCUCGAUUUAACAGGUGUUGUAGCUAACGAUAUGAAUACAAAUUUCUGUUAAUUUGGCCUCACAAAGCAGAAACAUCACAAGUGCUGGAGGUUUACUGAGAGCCUGCCCCUCUCCUUCAUGGUAUGCCAUAGUACUUGCAUUGGAAGUUUUUUUUAAUUAUUUACUUUUGACAUGGCUGUAGUACACGUGUGUUUCUUUUUUUAGAGAUUGUUGCAAUAAUUCUUGUGGAUGUUUCAUCAGAGUAUGUGUGUUUUUAAUUCAUUUCUACUUUGUAACCUGGGGCGUGAUGAUGUACAGUGAUAUUUAGUAUUCUGUGGAGUUGGGCACACCUGUGUAAAGUGUUGCAAGACUGCUGAUGAUACAAAGUGUUCGACUUAAUGCGAAUCCAAGGACUAAUAAAUAGUAACGCCUGUCAAUGCAGCACACAUUAGGAUCCACUGCCCCCUGGAGUGGUUUUCCAUCAAUCACAUUUUCCCGAUCCUCAACCUCAGUUUGGGCAUGCACGCCUCAUGAGAGAGCAUAGAAAGAUGUGAUUAUGUUAUAUGUUGCUGUUUGUAUUGUUCUUCUCUGUUUUUGUUGCUGUCUUUUUAUUUUAUUUACGUGACGCUCUCGAGGUCACUGGGGCCGAAGCACACGCGGAUAAGGGAGAUGAUUUUCCAUUUGAAUCUUUGAGCUCCUUAGUUGUGAGACAAACUACUGAAACAUUCCAUUGUCCAAGGGAUUUUGGCGUUAUCUAUGCUACACUGCUGUCCCUUUUCUCUGUCCAUGGGGAUAAUGCUGUUACACUCAUUCACCUUUUUAGUUUAUUUGCUUGUUUUUGCUCCUCCCACCAAAGAACUCAGCAUUCUAACCAUGAACAGCACAGCAAGCGAUUCUCCAACAGCAGGCGGGCAGUAAUUUGUGGCUUCAGAAGCUUGAAUUUAAAUGAUUUACAGGUGCUUUUAAAGGCAAGUCCCCCGCUACUUAACCCCCCAGAAACAAAUGCAUGUGUGCAUAUAUUAUAAACAUGAGGAGAAUUUGACUUAUUGAAUACAGUGCACUAAUUAAUGUUAGACAUUCAACUGUGAAAGAGCACGUUUCUCAAGGGGCACUCCAGAAUUGUUCCAAGUCCAAAACAGCGCCCUCUAGUCAUUGUUUUCACCCUCAUUGCGGUGUUUUUAUUUUGAAAGUUGGAAUGCAGAAGGACAUGAUAGAAGUAUGAAACGGCAUUCCAGGUGGUAGUGGCUACAGGUACGAAGCAUUUUCAUGUAUGACUAUCGGUAGUAUUCAGAUACUGAGCGGCUACAACCUAACCCAGUGGUGUGGCACAGUCUCGUUUGAACCCCUGCAUGAUAUCGUGGGAUUUGACCACUUCUGGGCACAGCCUGCACAAACACAGCAUCACUUCUAAUGGAAAAAUGAUGUACUGUUUUGUUAUUGGCAAAAAUCACUGAAGCAGUUGUGAAAAGUGCCGUUUUUGUCAGUUCCCGUGGGGAAGGAAAGACAAGGUAAAUAGGAGAGGUUGUGUUGGUAAGUGUUAGCCUAGUUGUUUGCCAUGUAAUUUGCCCAAAAACGCAGAGAAAGUGCAGUGUUUCUGCACUUUCUGCGGAAGUAUAAGUAUUGCGUAAUAUGCGUCAUAUUUUAACCCUUUAGCACCCCCGCCCAAAGAGACUACAAUGCCCAAUAGUAUUAGCAAUGUUUUACCAUUGUAUUACAGUACAACGCCUACUAAUCCAGUAGUAGUACAUUCCUUUCUCAAAAAAAAAAAAA